GGCCCUGUCCUAUAUUAUUACUUCAAAAAAAACUACUAAAUCAUAUAUAAAGAAGGAUCAUAUAUAAAUUCUAGAAACAACUUUCGUAGGCAGCGCAGCAUACGCUUAGGAAUCUAAAAAGAAGAAGUGACUGACAAGUGACAAUUGACAGUUGAAAGUCCAACAGAUGACAACGCUAGAGUUUGUUUAGUGUUUUGUGGAAAAUUUGUUGUAAUUUGGCUAAAUCAUGGAAAAUCCCGAAGAAAUUUUGCACAGCUUAGAGGAAUUUGCUAAAUUAAAAUCAAAAGAUAUUCCCAGAGAGUUAGAGGAAUAUCUGAAAUUUGUGGCGAAAACGGGAGACCCAAUUUACCAAUGGCCCGCUAUAAAAAGUCUAUUUCGUGAAAAACUAAUCAACGUGAUCACCGAAUUUUACGAAUCUUGUGCUUCCAUGGAGAUCCCACCUUGCCCAAAUGUAGAUAUAUUUAAUUAUGAUCUUAUGAAAAGUUUUAUCUUAGACAAACUAGACACAUUUUCUUCGGCUCCUUUUACGCUGCAAAGAAUUUGCGAGUUACUAACGAGCCCCCGAAAGGAAUAUACUAGAAUCGAUAAAUAUAUGCGGGCUUUAGAGAAAAACAUAUUGGUUGUGAGUACAAUGGAACCUGGCGGCCGUAGAACUGAGAACGGUGAGGGGAUUAUGAAUGGGAUCGAGUCUGACCACGACCACGUCCCCGAACCCGUUAGCGAAAUUAACGUCGAAGAAAUGGAUAAAAAUAUUUAUAUUAACUACCACGAAGAAGCAAUAAAUAAUCAAUUACCGUUUCAACAAGAAGUAGACAAAAUAUACCUAGACGAUUCUAGAGAGAAAUUAAACAAUACUUAUGCCUAUACGUCUCUUUCAAAGGAUGUACUUUCAGAACCUACAUUUGUAAUGAGCACAAGCAGAGAGGAGGACACAAAAAAUACUCUCGAUUCUUCGCAAUCGUCAAAUAUGCUUCCAUUUCCUGCAGCCGAAGGUGAUUGUAAUGCCGAAGCUCCCGUGUUUCCCUCAAACAUACUGUCUACCUCAGUACCCGAUUUUGUAAUGAGCACUUCUAGAGAAACGUAUACGAGCAAACAAGUUACUGUUACUUCUGAAGCAUCUACUUCCAGUCAAGACGUUGUAUGCGUCCAAUAUGUUUCAAUUGGACCUCUGUCACCACAAAACGUGCAUCAAAAUCCAAGCUUUGUUGAAGAUGUUUCUGUAACUAUCACCGGUGUUAACGUCGAAAAACUUUCGGAAAUACAGGAGUCAAAAACUGGAGAAAAAACAGAAGAUGAAGCCGAGAUUAAUCAAGAGAGUCAUGAAGAAAACGAGACUGAAUACAGUGUUAAAAUGGAUAUUCAACCAGCCGAAGCUACACCCAGCGACAGUAGUAAUGCAGACAGUUGUGAAACAUCGAAAAGCACCCCACAAGAAAAUGUAAAGAUUCAACAUGAGAAAGAAAUAUCUGAAACAAGUAUUACAUGUUCUGAAGUUAUUCCAAACCAGUCAGGUGACUUGAAUGAAGUGUCUAAUAGUCAAGAAAAUCAUGAAAAAAUUGAUAUGGACGACAGACCAGGAUCCCUUGUUGAGGAUGGCUUGGGAACAGUUGACUCGACCACAGCUUGUGAGACUAAAUUUACAGAAACAUCCAGUGAUGCCAAGGCGAUUUUAGAUUCACAAGUUGCUGAUCUAAUUCCGGUUGAGUCAUCAGUAAAAGAAGAAGACAGCAAAUUAGAGGCAGAUAGUUCUACUAUUUGUAAACCUCCAGUUGAUACAGAAAGUGAAGCCAGUACGAGUCACAUUGAUACUGAAUCGGAAGAAAAAUCUAAAAGUCCAGAGCAUUCCACUGAACAUUGUCCGGUUGAAGUUGAGAAAGUUUCUUCUCUAAUAGACAGUAAACCUACGUCCAUGGACACUGAGGCAAGUUUGAUUGAAACAGAAACAAUGCAGCUAGAAGAGGCCGAAUCUUCACAUACUGUAGAUUAAUUUCUUUCGGUUUAAAUAAAUUGUGGAAUUGAUUUUAUUGUCUAUAUUGGUUUCGACAAGGAGGAAAAAACUAGAAAAAUUAAAUCCUAUUUUAAGUUUAAUUUCUUGCAAAAGCAAAUGUAUUGACCAUUUUGUUUUAGAGUGAUCAACAAUAUUUAGCAAAGUAAGGUGUUUCUUAGUAAGUGAUAUUUCAUAACCUAGAUAAGAUUCCAUACUAUGUAAACAUUACCAUACUAUAUAGUAUUUUUCAUAAUUAUUGUCUUUAUUUACCAAUAAAAUAGAUUUUUGUGAUAAA